UCGAAUGUGGGAAGGUGGCGCACCCUCUGGUUUGUAGAAAACCUUUUUGUUCGUUAAGUAUAUACUCUGGAAUACGCAUUGUAUUGUUUCUGUACAGACAAAGAUAAUACAACUGUAACAAAAUAUCAAGGGAAGCUACUUCACAAGAUUCCCAUUAUGAACAGAUUCUCCUAAGUCAUGAAGGUGAAAAAGAAAGCAAAUGCACCUCGUCAUUCUAUGGUGAGGCAAAGAGUGAAUGCUCAUGCUGAGAUGACAACAUCCAUUGGCCGGGUAGAACAAAGUGAAGUCAGGAGUGGUAUUGACUCUCCAUUCACUGCCAAGGCCACACAGGGAAAACGGUACCUGCGAAUCUCCGAGAGUGAUAGCUGCUUCCUCAAGUUCUUAAACAAGGACAGGCAGGCACUGUCAUCGUUUUGUGACAUAGCGGUCACUGUGUGUGGGAAAACGUACCGUGCCCACAAGGUGGUCUUGGCAUUCGGCAGCAGCUAUUUCCAUGCCAAGCUUAGUGAAAACCCGGGGCUAGACCACGUUGCCAUUGAUAAUGUGGAGGGCUCUGUUUUUGGGCACUUGCUCGACUUCCUUUACACAUCCGAGUUUGAGGUGCAGGAAACCCAGAUCCCCUCCUUGACAGACGCUGCCUGCUUCUUUGACAUGAUGGAAGCGGUGAAUCUUCUAGCAGGGGAGGCAACCCCAGCCCAAGGGCAAGAGGAGGCAGAGGAGGAGCGGCCGGUUGAGGAGGAACCUGAGGCAUCUUCAUUGGAAGGCACUCGGAAGUGCCAGGUUUCCAGUGAGGCUCAGUGUUCGUUCUGCAGCCGGACGUUCUGCUACAGAAAGUCUUUGGAGAACCACAUGGCCAAGAUGCACAGCAAUGACGGCCAGGUAGAGGAGACCCCAGGAACCAUCGUCACAACACCAGCUCCUCCCUUCGGCACCCGUCGAUCAGCCCGUCAGAGGAGGACCCCAGCCAAGUUUGAGAACGAGGGGACCGAGAAGAUCCCCAUGGUGGAGAACAGCACACAGCAGGAAGUGUGUGCAAAUGAAGCUGCUAUAUCUAUUGAAGAGGAUGAAGUGGAGGAAGAUGAGGAGGAGGAGAAGGAUCAUCAGCAGGAGAAGGGGGAACCACUGCAGCAGAGUAGCAGAGAAGAGACUCCCAACCCUAUGCAGGUGAGCAGGAGGCAUAAGGAUCCUGCGGACGACACGGUGCCUGAGGAGAGCCCAGCUCUUGAAAUGACCUCACGCAAGGAUGCGGGACUGAGCUCUGGCCAUCUGGCUGUAACGCACACUCCAGCGGUCCAUGGCACUGGUCAUGUCUACCCAGAGGGCCUGGCUCCAGUGGUCAUCCAGAGCUCCAGCAAAAAGACCCUCAAAUGCCCGAAGUGUGACAAGACAUUUGAUCGUAUAGGAAAAUAUGAGAGUCACACCAGAGUCCACACUGGAGAAAAACCAUUCCAGUGUGAUGUUUGUCUCCAGUGUUAUUCCACCAAGUCAAAUCUCACAGUGCACAAGAAGAAACACACUAGUGAUGCUCCUGUCCAGAGGAAGGACCAUAAAUGCCCCUUUUGCAAUAAACUUCAUGCGAGCAAAAAGACCCUGAGCAAACAUGUCAAAAGGUUCCAUCCUGACCACGUUCAGGACUUUAUGAAUAUGAGGAAGAGGAAAAGUGAAGGGUGGAAGUGUGACAUAUGUCACAAGUCCUUCACUCGUAGACCCCACCUGGAGGAACAUAUGAUCCUACAUUCUCAGGACAAGCCCUUUAAAUGUGCUUACUGUGAUGACUACUUCAAGUCACGCUUUGCCCGGUUGAAACACCAAGAAAAAUACCAUUUGGGUCCCUUCCCAUGUGACAUCUGUGGACGACAGUUCAAUGACACAGGUAACCGUAAGAGGCACAUUGAAUGCACCCAUGGAGGGAAAAGGAAAUGGACCUGCUUGCUCUGUGGGAAAUCUGUCCGCGAGAGAACAACUUUGAGGGAGCACCUGAGGAUCCACAGUGGGGAGAAGCCACACCUUUGCAGCAUCUGCGGCCAGAGCUUCCGCCAUGGCAGCUCCUACAGGCUGCAUCUUCGUGUCCACCAUAAUGACAAGCGCUACGAAUGCGAAGAGUGUGGCAAAACUUUCAUUCGUCAUGAUCAUCUAAAGAAACACAGGAAAAUACACACUGGGGAGAGGGCGCACCAAUGUGAGGAGUGUGGAAAGUGCUUCAGGCGGGCUGAUCACUUGACCGUUCAUUACAAAAGUAUUCACCUUGGGGAGAAGGUCUGGAGAAAGUACAAGGUUCUAGUGCACCAGUGUGAAGUGUGCAAGAAAGAGUUCAGAGGGAAGACCAAUCUGAUGACGCAUUUUAGAACUCAUUCAGGUGAAAAGCCACACCGAUGUGUAAUUUGCAACCAAACUUUCCGGAUCAAGAAAACCUUGACCAAGCACAUGGUCAUCCACUCGGAUGUGCGUCCCUUCAACUGCUCUCACUGCAGUGCCACCUUCAAACGCAAGGACAAAUUAAAGUACCACAUGGACCACGUCCACAGUGCCCGCUCGCUCAAUCAACCCUCACCCGAUCAGUCAGGCGGCAAACCCCCAUGCCACAUGUCCUCAGCUGAGCCACCAAAACCAUACCACGGCACGCCCAAGGCUGCCCUGCAGGGCGCCCCCGUUGAUGUGUGCGUGCCCGUCACACUCGUGCCCGUCCAGAUGCCCGAAGAGGCUGAACUGGUUGGCCACGGGGCACCGCACACCAUCCUGCCACCUUUGCAGCAGCAGCAGCAGCCGCCAGGCGCCUACCAGCCACCUGCUGACCUGGUCUUCCUGGAAAAAUACACACUCACGCCACAGCCGGCUAACAUCGUGCACCCUGUGAGGCCGGAUCAGAUGCUGGACCCGAGGGAGCAGUCGUACCUGGGCACACUGCUGGGACUAGACUCCACCCCAGCCGUGCAGGGCAUGGCCGCUCCUGAGCAUGCCCACUAGCCCUCAUCCGCCAGUCUGAUGCUCUUACCAAUGAGCAACAUGCAGUAUUGUGAAUUGUAAUCAUGUCAGUGAACAUUACUGGCAUUAUAUUUUUAAAUGCAAUUCUCUAUAUUGUUUUGCUACCAAGCACUGUAUUAUAAUUACAGUGAAGGCCUCUAAGAUGUGUUUUAAGGUUUGUUAAUUUUUAAAGGUAGCAUCUAUCUAAGGCAGAGUCUUACUCUGUUCACAAAAGUGCAAUUGAACUACUUUGAUAUGUAAUUUUCUGGUAUGUUGCAGUAUGGGAAAAGCUUGAUCUUUGUGAGAACUGUUUUUAAAAUGUCAAUGUCUGUGCAACAAUAAUAUAAACACUUGGUUUGAGCCACUGGUACAGAUACAUUUUUUCAGCUUUAAAAUGAUUCAUCUUACCUUGCUUAGAGUGAAGGAGAAACAGGAGGUAUACCACUGAUUCUUUCAGUUUCAAACUACAAUGGUGGGAACAGGUAAUUAAAAAGCAUUGUGUCGCGCAGCUCCUGGGGCUGGUUGGGUAUGAGCACUUUGGACACACUGACAACAGAGGACAGAUUCGAUUUCAAGCCAUUGGUAGGCUGAUUGAGACAGAAUAGAAUACCAUAUAAAGGUAUGAACAUUUUGGUAAAACCUUUAGAUUUCUAUAAAUAAUGUAAAAAAAACCCAAAAAAACAAAAGUGUUUGAAAUUAACAUGACGGCAUGCCAGCAUACACAAUUACGAAAUUUCAAAUGAUGAAAUCUUGUUGACUUAAAGAGUCAAAUGGACAAAUAAUUGAGACUGCUUAUUUCAGUUGUUCAUAUAUGCUUUUAACUUGGAGGCUACAACUGGGGUCUGAUGUGAGGGGAAAAAAACUCACAGAAAAUGAGGAUUAUUAUUCUGAUUCUCUGCAUUUGGUCAUGUCAGUUUGUGAAAGGUAAGCGCUUUGGAGCAGUCCAGUUUGCUUUAAAAUGAAAUAAAAUAAAAUUUGUCAUUUGGAAACCCAUUUAGAAAUGAAUGUCACAAAGUACAAUGCUUGUGGAUGUGAAUAAAUCGGUCCUAUUCUGUGUAAA